AUGGGUGCCAAGGAGGGAAAGGCCGGUAAGGUGAGCUUCCAGCUCAAGACCGCCAAAGGAACCAGGGACUGGAUGGGUAUCGACAUGAACCUGCGGGAGUCGAUAUUCUCCAACGUCGCCGAUGUCUUCAAGCGCCACGGCGGCACCGCCCUGGACACUCCGGUCUUCGAGCUGAAGGAGAUCCUGGCCGGCAAGUAUGGCGAGGACUCGAAGCUCAUCUACGACCUGGCGGACCAGGGCGGAGAGAUCUGCGCAUUGAGAUACGACCUGACCGUGCCGUUUGCGCGCUGGUUGGCCAUGAACUCCACGAUACAGAACAUCAAGCGCUACCACAUUGCCAAGGUCUACCGACGUGAUCAGCCGGCAACUCCCGUUCGUCUCAUUCUAACGGACACGCUGCAGGCCGUGGCGAAAGGACGCAUGCGCGAGUUUUAUCAGUGUGAUUUCGACAUCGCAGGUACCUACGACGCCAUGAUCCCCGACGCUGAGAUUGUGCGUAUCAUUGUGGAUGUGUUUGAAGCCCUCGGACUUCGGGAGGAUAUCACGAUCAAGAUCAACCACCGCAAGAUCCUGGAUGGUUUGUUCACGGUGGCGGGCGUGCCGGAGGAUAAGAUCCGCAGCAUCAGCUCGGCUGUUGACAAGCUGGAUAAAUCGCCAUGGGAAGAAGUCAAGAAGGAAAUGGAAGAAAAGGGUCUCUCGCCCGAGGUCGCCGACAAGAUCGGUGAAUACGUCAAACUGAGCGGUGGUCGCGAACUCGUCGAGACCUUGAAGGCGGACGCUCAGGUGUGCGCGAAUGAGGACGUUAAGAAGGGUCUUGACGACAUGGAACUCCUUUUCACAUACCUCGAGGUCUUCAAGGUGACGGAUAAGCUGUCCUUUGAUCUCUCCCUCGCCCGAGGCCUCGACUACUACACCGGUCUGAUCUUCGAGGUUGUCACUCCCCUUUCCUCCGCAGACGGUUUCAAUGCGAACAAGACGAAAUCUUCCUCGAAACCCAAGAAGAGCAAGGACAACGACGACGAUAGAUCCAAUGACAACACCAUCGGCGUGGGAAGUGUCGCCGCUGGCGGUCGAUAUGAUAACCUGGUCAACAUGUUCAGUCCCAAGCGUCAAAUCCCUUGUGUUGGUGUGUCGUUCGGAAUUGACCGUAUCUUCACCAUCAUGAAGCAACGACACGAGAAAGAGCAGCAAGAGGGCAAUGCUACUAUCCGACCUAACGAAGUUGAGGUCUAUGUUAUGGCAUUCGGUGGAAAGACAUUCAAUGGUCUCCUCCUUGAGCGGAUGUCGGUUGCCGAUCAGCUCUGGAAAGCGGGCAUCAAGGCCGAAUAUGCCGCCACGGUGAAACCUCGACUGCCAACGCAGUUCAAGCAGGCUGAAAACGGAGGUGUUCCUCUCGCCGUCAUCCUCGGCGAGGACGAGGUGGCAGCCGGCAAGGUCAAGCUGAAGGUUCUUGGUUUGCCCGACGGUCACCCGGAGAAGGAUGGACGUUUGAUUUCCAGGGACGACCUGGUCUCGGAGGUCAAGAAGGCUCUCCAAAAAUAG